AUGGUUGUACUUUAUCAAGUCAGUAAUCUGUUAGGUGUAUUUCUUGGACACGGCAAUGGAAGUUUCACCAUCUCAACACUUCAUUCAACAGAACCUAACGCCGACCCGUACGAGUUCGCUAUCGCAGACUUCAACAAAGAUGAUCAUGUAGAUAUCGUCGUGAUUUAUUUCAACAGCAACGUCGUAGGCAUAUUUCUUGGAUAUGGCAAUGGAAGUUUUUCAAAUACAAUAACAUUUUCGACUGAAACGGAUACAAUUCCACGAAGUUUGACCAUCGGAGAUGUAAACAAUGAUGAUCGAGUAGAUAUUGUCACAGUGAACACUUAUGCUGAUACUAUAAGUAUAUUUCUCGGAGAAGGUACAGGAAAUUUCACUCUGAUAGAAACCUAUUUGACUGAAGCUUCAGCUCAGCCGCGUGAAGCAUCCAUUGGGGAUUUAAAUAAGGAUGGCAAUAUGGAUAUUGUUGUAUGUAAUUAUUAUACUAGCACUACAAGCAUUUUUCUCGGCUAUGGCAAUGGAAGUUUUCAAGCCCAAGUGUUAUACUCCGUAGGUUAUCAGGCCUGGGCUAAUUCAAUAAAUCUUGCCGAUUUCAAUAAUGAUAGUAUACUGGAUAUUGUCGUAACUAAUUAUAAUGGAAACAAUGUUGCCAUUCUUUUAGGGCUAGGGGAUGGCACAUUCAGUAAUGUAAGCGCAUAUUCGAUAGGCGAUGGUGCUGGACCUUCUUACCAAUCUAUUGGAGAUUUUAAUAAUGAUCAAAUUUUAGAUAUUGCUGUUGUUAACAUUAUCAUAAAUACAGUUGUUAUUCUAUUUGGAUUUGGAGAUGGGACGUUCUUGUUAGGGACUACUUAUUCUGCUGAUGCAAACUUUGCACCAGGAUCCAUAGCUUCAGGCGAUUUCAAUCACGAUGGACAAUCAGAUAUCAUGUUGACAAAUUUCAUAACCAAUACGAUUAUUGUUUUCGUUGACUAUGACCGUCAUUCAUAUGCAGGUGUAAUAGCACAUCGACUCGCUGAUGGAUCACAGCCACAUUCGGCUGCUCUUGGUGAUUUGAAUGAUGAUGGUCGGUUAGAUAUUGUCGUAGCCAAUUAUGGCACUGAUAACAUUGGCAUCUUAUUGGGACUUGGCAAUGCAUUGUUUAGUUCCAUGAUAACAUACUCAACAGGAAAUGAUUCCCAUCCGCGUUCUCUUGCUAUUGCUGAUUUUAAUCAUGAUAACCACUUAGAUAUUGUUGUUACUAACUCGGAAACGAACGAUGUCGCCAUCUUUCAUGGUUAUAGCAAUGGAACGUUUACUCUUACGGCACUCUACUCAACAGGUGUUCGCUCCCGGCCUUCUACAAUCACUGUUGGCGAUGUUGAUAAUGAUAAUAAUUUAGAUUUGAUCGUUGCCAAUUCUGGUACAAGCAAUAUAUUUGUAUUGUACGGAUAUGGAAAUGGAACAUUUGGAAAUGAAACUUCAUAUCCAUUAGGUUAUGAAAGUCUCCCAUAUUCAAUCGCAUUGGCUGAUUUAAAUAAUGAUGAACGAAUAGAUAUGGCUAUAGCAAGCUACGGCACAGACAAUAUAGAUACUCUCGUAAAAAUGUGUGACUAA